AGUCGAGCCUCUGAAAGGCAAGGUGCAACAAUGUGGUGGGCGAGCAGAACGCGAUGGUUGUUCUCGGCUGUGCUCGACGCGGUCGGAGUCGGACUCCGGGCUAGGCGGCGCACUGCCUCGAGCGGCCUGGAGAUCACGGGCUCCUGCGGGGGCGAGCUACAAGGCGAGCUGGACAGAUUUGGGGGCAUCUCGGUGCACUUGUCGCGGCACCGCACCCUGCACGGGCUGGAUGCCGCCGCCUUCCGGAGGCUCUUGCAGGCCGCCAUUCAGCAGUGGCGAGCGGAAGGAAGAAUAGCUGCAUGGCUGCACAUCCCCAUCCUGCAGAGCCACUUCAUCGCCCCUGCUGCCUCUCUGGGCUUUUGCUUCCACCACGCAGAGCCGCACUUGUCAACGCUGACUCUGUGGCUGGGAGAAGGACCCAGCAGACUCCCGGGGUAUGCCACACACCAAGUAGGGGUUGCAGGUGCUGUAUUUGAUGUUAGCACCAGGAAAGUACUGGUUGUACAAGAUCGAAAUAAAUUGAAAAACAUGUGGAAGUUUCCAGGAGGCCUGUCAGAGCCUGGAGAAGAUAUUGGAGACACAGCAGUCCGAGAGGUUUUUGAAGAGACUGGUGUCAAGUCAGAAUUCAGGUCUCUGUUGAGCAUCCGGCAGCAACACAAGAGCCCUGGGGCCUUUGGGAUGUCAGACAUGUACCUGAUCUGCCGCCUGCAGCCGCAUUCCUUCGCCAUCAACUUCUGCCAGCAGGAAUGCUUGAAGUGCGAAUGGAUGGAUCUAGAAAGCCUGGCCAGGACUAAACACGCAACCCCCAUCACCAGCAGGGUGGCUAGGCUACUACUGUACGGACACAGGGAAGGGUUUGACAAGAUUGACCUCAGCAUGGAGGAACUCCCUGCAGUAUACACAGGCCUGUUCUACAAGCUCUACCACAGGCGACUGCCUGAGAGGUACAAGGCCGAAAUGGGAACAGAUUGAAUGCCAGCCUUCCUCACAUACUUGAUUUCCAGGGUAGAAAUUCACAAAUGUAUAUAUGUUUAAAUCCUCUUUUCAAAUAAAGGAAAUACGUGACAAAGAU